AAUUUAUUGAUAGCCCAUGAAGAUGACUCAGGCGAGUCGAAUGCAAGGCAAACAAUAAACACAGCAAACACGAAAAGUUGUUUUGAUUCAUUUUGGUCGAGGAAAGUGAGCAACACAAGGACUUGAGACCACAACAUCUGUCUCAAGUGUCCAAUUCCAACCAUCCGACCAGCAACACAACACCGAAGAAAAUUCCAACCAUUCUUCGUACCAAAUUUCACUGGUGCAUUCACACAAUGAGCACCGCCGGAGUUGACACCACAAACUCCAGCAAUGAAACCUUUUACUCCUUUGGGAACAACACCAUCCAAAGGCAGCAUCGCAAAACAAGCGAGAAACUAGCAAAACAGAAAGCACGACUAGUUUUCCUACUGAAAUGCAGACGACACAACAUAGUUCCGCGAUUCAUAUUAGACCAAGUCAAUCGUUUGUUCAAGAAAUAUUCGAAUGCACCGCAAAGUGCCCGCAACCAAGUUGACACAGCGAGGAUCAACCUGAUGCAAACAAUGCUUAACGUAGAAAUCACGAUGUGUCACCGAGAUUUGGAUUAUCUAAAGAAUAAGCUCGAGUCUUUGAGUCAAAGUACCACCGAAGAAACGCUAAGCCUGUCCAAAGACUCGUACGAAAUUGAGUUGAAAAGGUCCAACAAAAUGGUGUACGAGAAAUUCGUGAAGCUACAGCAAACCCAAGAACACACCAAAAACAUUCGAUUCGAUGAAAGUUUCAUCAAAAAUCUGACGAGCCACACAAUUCCAGAGGAGAUGAAGCUAGUGUUGAGUUUGGGCCAGAAAUUUUCAAUCACACCGGAAGAGGAUCCUAUCAUUGAUCUAGCCUCAGAUAUCGAACUGGCCAUCAAGAGAGAAGUUCCACUGAAUGCUCAACGUGCAGCGAGGGGUGAUGCUUUAUAUUCGCUGGCCAAAUUUUCCAAGCAAAACAAAAGGCUCAACCGCAUUGACAAAUUCCUUCAAAAAGCAAUUCGCAAGACCCGAGAGUUCCUACAACAAAAUCCUGGCGUAAUGAUAUCAAACAGUGACAAAGGUAACGUCACCAUCAUCUCCAACAAAGAGGAUUACCAUCGGAAGAUUACUGAACUACUGAGCGAUUUGGAUUCGUUUACUCCAUUGGAAGUUGAUCCAACCAAAAAAGUCACCAAUUUGGUUAACCGUUGUCUGGAUAACUUGUACAAAGCAAACAUCAUGCAAGCGAAGCUUAAAACGAGCCUGAAGUCUUUCAACGCAAUCCAACCAAGAUUAUUCGCUCAAAUUAAAUAUCACAAACCAGGAAAUCCCAUACGUUUAAUCGUCUCCACCAUCAACUCGGCAGCGUACAAAUUAUCGAGGUUUUUGGCCACCAUCCUGCGCAAAUCCUUCAAACCGAAAUAUUCGGUGAAAAACUCACAACAGUUUGUCAAGCUAAUGAAGAACAUCAAAAUCACGGAAGGCAAUAUUCUGGUUUCUUUCGAUGUAGUUAAUUGCUUCGGAAACAUUCCAACGAAACUUGCUUUGGAGCUAAUAGAACGUGACUUCAAGCUCAUCGAAGAGCAUACACCGAUUCCCAAAGAAAAGUUCAUGCAAUUGUUGGAUGUGUGCCUCAACCACGCGAACCAUUUCGUAUAUAACGGAAAACACUACCGGCAAAACAAGGGCAUGUUCAUGGGGUCGUCGCUCGCACCCAUACUGGUCGAAAGAGUAAUCGAAGAGUUUGUAGACAGAGCACUGACAGAUCUCAAACUCAGCCCGGAUUUCUGGUCCACCUACGUCGACGACCACCUCACAUCGGUCCCAAGAGACAAAGUUGAAAUCCUCAAAAACCAAUUGAACUCCUACAAUGAAGACGUCCAGUUCACCGUUGAGUUGGAGGACGAACACACAAAAUCCAUUAAUUUUCUGGAUCUCACGGUCUACAACCAAGCACCGACCCUGAAAACGAACUGGUAUCAUAAGGCCAUUGCGUCCAACCGGAUUCUAAAUUUCCACUCGAAGCAUCCGAAACAAAUGGUAAGGAACGUAGCUAAAGGUUUCCUACGAAGAGUGUUCUCGGUCAGUCACCGGUCCUUCCACAAUGCUAACCUAAAAGUUGCCAAAGGAAUUCUGGAAAAAAACAGCUUUCCGACUGACGUGAUUGACAAACUGGUAAAUGAAGUACAACGACAGUACAAGUACUCGAGUUCGCGUGUGCACGACAAAAAAGACAGCUAUCCGUUCCUUGAUGCCACAAAAAUUGUAAGGAAAAGUGGACCAGCGGCGAGCUCGACAAUGAUUGCACCCAAUGACGUGAGCCUGAAAGAAAUGACCUACACACCAAAGCCAAAAUACCCCAAAAGUGCUCUUGGCUUUGCAGGUGUCACAUACAUUGAUGGUCUGUCCGAUGUACUAAAAAGCCAACUGAAACGACAUGCACCGGAUCUGAAGGUUUCGUUCCGUCCAACAAACAAAGUUUCACAAGUCUUCUCGAACAUGAAGGACAAAUUGGAAAUCGGUCAAAACUCCAAUGUGGUCUAUUCUAUCCGGUGUAAAAUAUGCGGGAAAUCAUACAUAGGUGAGACAUCGCGCCGGCUCUGUGAACGGUGCUCACAACACGCCAAGGACGUUGAAAACAAAGCAAAGAAACCAACUAAGACGGCCCUGGUAGCACACGUAGUGAACACAAAACACGAAUUUGACUUCAGCAACGCAAAAAUCCUCAAAAAAGUCAGAACUCGUGGCCUACUGAAAAUUCAUGAGGCGAACCACAUCAUACUGAACGAAGGUCACACAGUGAACUUCAAGAAGGACGCCAAGCAUGUCUCCCCUGUUUUCUACAAUCUCAUCAAACACAAAAUGAGAGACAAAAAAGUCAAACCUUCGGCGCCAAAUCAGACAGCCUCCGAAGACACCGCACUAAGUGAACGAACCACCGAAUCGGGCGAACAUAUGUUUAGUGUAAUUUGACGUUUCAAUUUUUACGUUCACGCAAGUCAUUCAGCAAUCUGUGAUAACAUAAAAACAAAAACA